CAUUAAGAUGAAGAUAAAAGUUUUCAACACCCAUGGAGUGUAUUACAGCCAAGUUAAUACACACUCAUUCCCCAGUAUUUAACAUAACUCACAUCAAGAUUUUCAGACAGAAAGAGCUAGACAAUCUGCUAGAACUCGAGUCUGCAGAUUGAGUUUGAUGAAGAAGGUUUCUAUGCCACAGACAGUUCAAAACAAAUGGAUAAUAGCAUUAGCCACUGCAUGUGUUAUUCUUUCUCUAUCCCUUGUUUUCCUGAUCACUCUUGGUACUUCAGCCAACUCAAUGCUUCUCGUCCCUCUCCACCGUUAUGCAGCCGCCACUUCCUCCCUAUUCGUCGCAUCCAAGGUCCAGCCUGUCACUGCCCCUCCACCUCCGCGCCUGGCUUACCUCAUCUCUGGCUCAAGAGGGGAGCACAAAAUGGUCCGUCGUGCCCUUCUGGCUCUGUACCAUCCCUAUAACCAGUACGUCGUUCAUCUGGAUGCUGAAUCGUCCGCUGAUGAGCGUUUGGAUUUGUUUAAUUUUGUUAAAAACUGCUCCACAUUUGUCCAAUUUGGCAAUGUACGGAUGAUCACAAAGGCCAAUCUGGUCACGUAUAGGGGUCCAACUAUGGUGUCUAAUACACUUCAUGCUGCAGCGGUUCUGUUAAAAGAUGGGGGAGAGUGGGAUUGGUUUAUUAAUCUCAGUGCUUCUGAUUAUCCCCUCGUUACUCAAGAUGAUCUUCUUGACGCGUUUUCAAAUCUACCACGGGACUUGAAUUUCAUUGAAAAUACCAGUAAACUCGGGUGGAAAGUGGAUGGGAGAGCGAAGCCAAUAAUCGUCGAUCCGGGCUUGUAUUUGACAACAAAGAGUGAUGUCUUCUUGGUGACACAGCCUAGACGUGUGCCCACAGCAUUCAAGCUCUUUACAGGAUCUGCCUGGAUGGCGCUUUCUAGGCCUUUUGUGAACUACUGCAUAUGGGGAUGGGACAAUUUGCCUAGAACGGUUCUCAUGUACUACACAAAUUUUGUGUCCUCCCCGGAAAGCUAUUUCCAAACUGUCAUCUGCAAUGCUCCUGAAUUUAGGAACACUACAUUGAACAGUGAUCUGCACUUCAUACCGUGGGACGAUCCCCCACUGCAGCAUCCUAAGCACAUCACUGUUGAUGACAUGGGAAAGAUGAUCGACAGUAAUGCACCAUUCGCGAGAAAGUUCCAUAAUGAUGAUCCCGUGCUGGAUAAGAUUGAUUCUGAACUAUUGUUUCGAGGUCAGGGCAGGAUAGUUCCUGGUGGGUGGUGCAUAGGAAGUCGGGAAAAUGGCUCUGAUCCCUGUUCUGUUGCGGGUAAUAUAACAUUUUUCAAGCCCACCUCUGGAGCAAAAAGACUGAAAACUUUGAUCAGCUCACUCAUGUCAGAUGAUAAAUUUCGACCAAGACAAUGUAAAUAGCCAAAUUUGUUCCAAAAGGCGAAUAAUUCUUUUUAGUUAUAACCAUUAGUGUCAGAUAUAAGUAAUGGCCCGAGAUUAAUUCCCAUCAGACAGAACGAGAUGAAGCUGCAUAUAAGAGGUGAACCUACUGAGCUUUUUUACUCAAGUAAAUACUAUACAUGAAGAAGCUAUAGAUUACUCUAAAAUUGUCAGUUCUUUGUUCCUCUUUCGAAUGUAUGUAAAAGAAAAGCGUUAUUGGUUCGGAUCAUAUCUGAAACAGCUGAAAACUGUUACUCCUUAUACACUAAUCUAGUGAUACGUUG